AUGUUCGAAAGAAACACUACCGCUGUCACUGAAUUCAUCCUUCUAGGCAUCGCAAAUAAUCCACAUGUGCGGAUACUACUUUUUGUAGGAUUCCUAAUUGUCUAUCUGAUUGAUUUUGUGGGGAACCUGGGCAUGAUUCUUCUGAUUUCAUUCAGUGCUCAACUUCACAACCCAAUGUAUCUCUUCCUGUGGCACUUGUCCUUCUGCGAUAUCUGCUACUCAUCUGCUAUCACCCCCAGAAUGUUGUCUGACUUGUUAUCUGAUCGCAGAACCAUUUCUUUCCCUGGUUGCAUUACUCAGCUUUACUUCUUUGCUGUCUUUGUAGAUGUGGAGUGCUACAUUUUGGCAGUGAUGGCCUAUGACCGUUAUGUGGCCAUUUGCAAACCACUGUGCUAUUCCUCUGCUAUGUCUAAGUCUCUCUGCAUCCGGCUCUUAUUUGGAUCAUAUAUUGCUGGCACAACUAAUGCCAUUAUACACACAACAGCUACCUUCAACUUAUGGUUCUGCAGCUGUAAUCUCAUCAAUCAUUUCUUCUGCGAUGUUCCUCCACUCUUGGCAAUUUCUUGCUCUGACACAUAUGUCAAUGAGUUCCUUCUUUUUGAAAACCAUAGCUUGGUGCUUGAGUUUGUCCUCCUGGGUUUAACUAACUCCUCACAGCUGCGGAUCCCUUUCUUCAUAUUUUUCCUAGUAGUUUACCUGUUCACCUUUCUGGGGAAUCUUGGCAUGAUCCUAUUAAUCAGGAGUAACUCCCAGCUUCAUACCCCCAUGUACUACUUCCUCAGCAAACUGUCCUUUGUUGAUCUCUGCUAUUCCUCUGUGGUCACUCCUAAACUCUUGAUGGAUUUUGUAGUGAAAAAGAACACAAUUUCUUGGGGUGGCUGUGCUGCGCAGAUGUGGUUUUUUGGCUUUUUUGUCGCCAUAGAGUGUCAUCUGCUGGCUUCCAUGGCUUAUGACCGAUACAUAGCAAUUUCCAAGCCUCUUCUCUAUACGGUCAUUAUGUCUAGGAACGUUUGUGUCUUUUUGACAGCAGUACCAUAUCUCUUAGGGCUGCUGAAUGGUACUGUACAUACCAGCUUAACGUUUCAGUUAAUUUUCUGCAAAGCCACAAUCAAUCAUUUCUUCUGCGACAUCCCUGCUGUGAUAUCACUCUCCUGUUCUGAUACAAGCUUCAACUUGGCUGUGCUUUUUGGGCUUUCUUUUGCCCAAGGUACUCUUAGUGGCUGUAUUGUUAUCAUCUCCUACAUCUACAUUCUUGCUGCCACCCUUAAAAUCCGAUCCACUGAAGGAAGGUGGAAAGUUUUCUCCACUUGCUCUUCCCAUCUCACUGCCGUUUCUCUAUUCUAUGGGACCCUUUUCUUUAUCUAUGUGAGGCCCAGUUCUGGUUCAACAGUAGAAGAAGACAAGAUUGUUUCCAUGUGCUACACCAUUAUGAUCCCCAUGUUGAACCCCUUGAUCUACAGCCUGAGGAACAAGGAGGUGAAAGAUGCAGUGAAGAGAAUUCUCAGGAGGAAACAUUUCCCAUAG